AUGGCAAAUUAUACAGAGAAAAUUACUUUUUAUGACCCCGCAACGCACGAAAACAUUAUUCUUCGUGUAACUGAAGAGACUGCUAGAAGGGCUAAAGAAGAUUUGUUGUUUGCAACCAAAUUAUUAGAAGAAUACAAAGCUGCUGUUGUUAAACAGUCAGAAAAUGCAGUGUUGACAAAUUUCACAAAAGAUGAUGUUUCUGCGAUUGCUAGUAGUAGUCAAUUAGUACCAAAUAACAAUGAGAAAACUGGAAUGCCUUUAAAUCGCACUAAAUUGAUACCUCUGCAAUUGUUUGAAGAAGACGCCGGUAUCAUGUAUACCCUACAACUAUCUCCUGAUCUACAUAGUCGUGCUGUGAAUGACAUAAUCUUUGCCCAGAAAUUACUAAAUGAUUAUAAGAAAAGUCAAAAUAACAAGCCUUUACCAUUGCUAAAUCAGGAAUCGUAUGAGGAGAAAUUGGAAUAUGAAAUGAAUUAUGAGGAUUUAGAAAACAUAGAAAAAAAUGACGUUAAGGAAAAUGAAUCUACAGAGAAUACCAAACAAAAUAGCGCUUAUAAAUGGAACGAAAAAGAUGGUAAAUUAUUACUUGCCUUUUACAAAGAAAGUCAAGAGAAAUUUGAUAAUGGGAGUUUAACAAGCAAAAAAUUUUACACAAACAUAGUUAACAAACUCAAGGAGAAAGGUUAUACUGUUACAAUGAAACAAUGCAUCACCAAAAUGGAUUGUUUUAAACGGUCAUAAAAAAGUUAAGGACCACAACGCACAGUCAGGCAAUGAACCUAGAUCUUGUGAAUUCUUCGAUUUAUUAGAUGAAAUGUUUCACAAAAAGCCUUGGAUUAAGCCUCUAUCAAAUGCUGGAUCAAACAUUCCAAUGGGUAAUAUGGAUGAAGCUGAUGAUGACAAACCUGAAAAUAAACGUCGCAGAGUUAGUAAUGAGACUGAGCAAGCAAAAUAUUUUAAGCAAUGUUUAGAGGAGAAGCGAUUAAAAAGGGAGGCUCAGACUCGCUACAUGGAAGAAAAACUUACGAUUUUGAGAGAUAUUGCAAAUAAGUUUACUAAAAAAAUGAAUAAGUCUAGUUUAAAGACUGAUUACAAAGAUUACGAUUUUGAGAGAUAUCGCAAAUAAGUUUCCUAAAAAAAUGAAUAAGUCUAGUUUGAAGACUGAUUACAAAGAUUAUUCGAAAAAA